GGCGAAAAAGUGGGAAUGUGUUAUUGUGAUUUUUAACUUUAACCGCACGGCAAUGUUUGAAGAUUUUGUGUAAAAUCGGUUUGGUUGAAAAAGUGUUUGUGAUUUUGCCGUAAAGAAGAUGUCUUCGAUAAAACAGGUUUAAAACUUUAUAUUAGUUUCGUUAUGGAUAGCAAACUGGUUGAUUUGGAGGAGAGGAGAGGAGAUAACUCAGUGAAAUUAGAAGACAGUCAGUCACAAAGUGAUUCUUCAAAAACAAUGCAAUUUAUCCCAGCUGUAAAAUCAGAAGGAAGAGCUAAAAUGUGUGCCUUAAAAACUGGAGAUUCUAAACAGAAAGAAAUGCUGCAGAAGUUGAAGAACAAAGAAGCAAUGUCCUUGAGGCCAAAGGCACAAGACUCUAAACUUCCAGUUGAACAGAGUUGUAAAGCUGAGUCUUCAGCUACUGCAGGGAAAGAAAAACUUAGAGGAAAUAUAUCUAUUUUAUCAGCAUUAAAAACUCCCUUAAGUCAGGUUUUAAGGAAAAGCAUUGAAGCUUCUGAAAUGAAAGAGAAAGUACAAUUGGCAAGUGAAAAACCCCAACAUGCCAGUGAGAGAAUUCCAACACGGACAGAAAAGUCUCACUUAGUCUCAGAUAAGAUUAAUUUACAUGCUGAAAAUAUGAAAAUUGAAAGAUUAGAUAAUUCUUCAUCUGAGUGUCUUACAGAAGAACCAGUAAUGAGCCAGAGAGCUAAAAAAAGUUUCUCUGAAGGAGAAGGUGGGAUGUCUCUAAGACAGACAGCGAAAACCCCUUCCCAUUCUGCGAAGGCUUUUCCUUCUUUAAGAUCAAGCAGUGGCUUGAAGAGAUCAUCAGAAAAGCCUGCACCGAAUGGGAAAAAGAGAGCUGUAGUAGUUUCAGAGCCCAUUGAGGCACUUACUAGCAAAGUAAGUACAGGAUCCAAAACUUCAUCUCAGUGUAGGACUGCUACUUCCUCACCAACUGAAGAUAGUGGCAUGGAAAAUUCCACAUCAUCAAAUCAAGGGGGUAAUUCAAGUGUGAAAAAGAAAAAUCGCAAAAGACAUUUUAAAGGUGCCACAUAUGGUUUAUACCUCACAAAAAAGAAAAAGAAAAAGCAAAAAUCUAAUGAUGAAUCCAAAGACGAUGAGUGCAGUUUAGCAGGCACAGAGAACAGUAGUUAUUUGGAUUCUGAGGAUGAGAACAGUCUUGUAAGUGAGGACUUUUACACACCUUCUGAAAAGUCCCUCGCAGAUGAAGAACAUGGAACUGAUUCACGGAAUUCACCUAUGCUAUCUGUUUCUGAGCAGAAGAAUUCAAAUUCAGAUAGUCUUUUGCCUGAAGGGCAAGAUGAAAAUUCUCAAAAUUGUAUACAAAAUUUUAAAAAUGAGGAAAAUGUUUCUCCAAUGGUUACAGCUGGUGAAUGUGACGAAAUAAGCCAGAAUACAGCUGGAAUUCUUCAGCAGUUAAGUGAAAUACAGUGGGAACCCGAUACAAAGUUUAUUGAUGAAAAGUUUGAUGAAGAGCAAAUUUCAUAUGCUUCUGUACCACUUAAAGCUCCCCAAUAUGAUGAAAUCAGCAAUGAGAGUUUCUCAAACUCUACACUUUUCCCAUUCAAAGAAUCUCCAGUUGAAAAUAUCAAAAGCAUUGAUAAAGAAGAUGAAAAGGAUAAAGAGGAUUCAGUAAAACAAGAUGAUCAGAAUUCGAAUGACACUCUUAAAGAAAAUGAUAUGAAACUUGAAGAUGGAGAUGCAUCAGAAGAAAUUAACAUGGCAAUUAAUGAAAAUUUUUCUGGUAUGUUUCAAAAUGAUGUACUUCCUACCUCAAAAGAAGAUGAUAUGCUUUCUGACCCAAAAGAUGAUUUGCAUGCCGUUAGUCCACCUCCAAAAAAACCAGUUCUGCAAAAUUCUUCACAUACUAUCAUUAAUACAGUGAUUCCUGAAGAUGAAGUACUUGCCACUCCAGAAUCUAGUCCUGAGAAAGAUGAUGCUGCUCAAAAAGAAGCUGACUCUUCUCAAUCCACAAUUGCAACUUGCGUAAAGUCUCGCCAAAGAAUCAAAAGACGCUUUACUGAUGAUAUUGUUGAUACAGAUGUUGGUUUACUUUCUUUAAACACUUUCUCGGAAAAGAAAAAUAGGCCCAAGAAAGAUAGCUUGGAAAGUGAUGUAAGAAAAGCUUUAAUGAAACCUGAUCCUCCACAAGAUAUAAUACAGAAUUUUCAAUCUACAACACGAAGUGAAGCAAAGAAGGGCCCAGUGACGAAAAUUGAAUGCAUUUUUAAUAGCAGACAGCAACCUGUGAAAGAGUGUACUUGUGAAGGAGACACCUAUGAAGCAAACUUAGGAAAAGAAGAGGAAGGUGUUUUCUGUCAGGCUGUUGAUUCAAUUGAUGACAAACUUGUAGGGUGUUCUAAUCCUGUCGUGACUCCACGGUUAGUUCGCCCUUCUGUAAAAAUUCCGUUUACUAUUAUGUGUGAAAUGCAUUUGUGGAGAUUGAAGCAUCAUCAUUCUUGUCCAUACUGUGGUCUUUUUUGCUCUCAGGGAUCUUUCAUGCAGUGUGCAACUAAGAAGAGCAGCAAACAGAGAAUAAUACAUUUAUAUCACGAACAGUGUCAGUCCAAAGAAGAAGGUAUUUUACCUUUCUGUUUGCAUUGUGGAGCAACAGCAGGUUUGAAGCGUGUACAACUUGAAAUGCAUAUGGCCAGCCCUCCUGCGUUUUUCCUCAGUCAGUUGCCAAGUGCUGAAUCUUUACCUGUGGUAAGCAAAGCCAGAAUUACAUUGGCAUCUGCUUCUGAGUUCUUAAAAAGAGAAGAAGAAGAACUAUCAGAUAAUGCAUAUAAAAUUGAAGAAACUGGAAAAAUACUGUCGUCAGCUGGUUUGCCGGGCAGUCCAGAAAAAGAAGAUCUUGAUCGAUUAUUAAAAGUCCUUAAUGAAGAGAGUGUUGAAUGUAUUGGGUAUAACCCUGAUCAAUUUUAUACCUUUGCCAGUCAAGGAGAUGCACUUAAAUUGUUACAUAUGCUUGCGUGUGGUUUUGAUCCAAAUUAUAAAUUUCCAAAUCAAGAGAGAGAAACUGCUUUGCAUGCAGCUGCUGCUGGUGGGCAUUUAACAAUUGUCCACUUGCUUAUUCAGGCUGGCGCCAUUCAUGAUUCUUUUAAUGAACGAAUCUAUACACCUUUAAUGUUAGCAGUUGAAAAUAAUCAUAAAGAAGUUGUUCAUUACUUAGUUAAAAAAGGAGCUUUAGUUGAUUUUAAGUGUGAAAAUGGAAUGUCAAGUUUGCAUCUUGCUGCAAAGAGCGGAAAUUUGGACAUAUUAAAAAUACUAAUGACUUCAAGAGAGGUGGAUUUAAAUGCACAGGAUGAUGGUGGAUGGACUCCCAUAGUGUGGGCAUCUGAACAUGAUCACUAUAAUGUUGUCAAAUAUUUGCUCAAAAGAGGUGCCAAUCCUAAUAUAAAGGACAAUGAAGGUAAUACAGGACUUCACUGGUCUGCAUUUUCUGGAAGUGUUGAUAUAUGCUACCUAUAUCUGGAUUAUGGUUGUGACAUCAAUGCCAUAAAUGAACUUGGUGAUACUCCUCUCCACAUUGCUGCCAGACAAGAUAGUUUUCCCUGUGUAACGCUUUUCUUGUCAAGAGGAGCAGAUGUCCAAAUCGUGAACAAGGCAAAUCAGCUUCCAGCAGAUUGUUGCCUUGACAAAAAUAGUGAUACUUAUUUAUCACUCAGUUUAAAUUUGCUGCUGCGAAAAAUAACGGCCAAAUACAAGCACAAAGCUGAAAAAAUUAUACAUAGGGACAUAUCAAGAGGCAAGGAGCAGAUUGCUAUUCAGUGUGUAAAUGCUGUAGAUGAUGAGCCACCACCUUUAGAUUUCUUAUAUGUAACCGAAAAUUGUGAAACGAUGCCAAUCAAAAUUGAUCGAACUAUUACAUCUUUGCAGUCUUGCCAUUGUGAAGAUGAUUGCUCAACACCAAGCUGUAGCUGUUCCAGCAUUAGUUAUCAGUGUUGGUAUGACAAGGAAGGACUGCUACUUCCUGAUUUCAAUUUACUUGAUCCUCCUAUGCUUUUUGAGUGCAACCGUGCUUGUUCUUGCUGGAGUUUAAAUUGUCAUAAUCGAGUUUUACAAAACGGAAUAACGUGUCGUUUGCAGCUCAUUCGUACAAAAGGUAAAGGUUGGGGUGUUCGAACACUAAAGGAUGUUCCAAAAGGAGCUUUUAUUUGCGAGUAUGUUGGAGAAUUAAUAUCAGAUUCUGCUGCUGACAAACGGGCUGAUGAUUCAUAUUUAUUUGAUUUAGAUAACAGGGAUGGUGAAACUUAUUGCCUAGAUGCCAGAUAUUAUGGUAACAUUAGUCGUUUUAUAAAUCAUCUUUGUGAUCCUAACCUAGUUCCUGUGAAGAUUUAUGUUGAUCACCAAGACCUCAACUUUCCUCGUAUUGCAUUCUUUAGCUCUCGAGAAAUUAAGCAGUAUGAAGAGCUUGGUUUUGAUUAUGGUGAAAAAUUUUGGGCCAUUAAGUACAAAUCUUUUACGUGUGACUGUGGUACUCCCAAAUGCAAAUACUCCAAAGAGACUAUUCAUGACACUUUAGCUAACUAUUAUAGAAGACUGAAAGAAGAACAAAUGGAAGAAAGUGUUCAGCAGCCUCCUGUACAACCUUUGUAAAACUGUAAUUGGUUUGAAUCAUUGUUCAUGCAUUAACGCCAUGUUAUAUCAUAAAAUGUUAUUUACUUUUCAUUAAAGAACAUUUCUAUCAUAUUGUGUAAAACUAUUUGUAGCUGGGAUUAAAUGUGGAUCAGAUUUUGUACCAAAUGUGAAGAAUGAGUUUUAUUCUUGGCUAGAUGUACAUAAAGUGUUUGAAUCUUUAUGAUGGUCUGGAAUUUUAAUAGGUUAUUGGCUGAAUCUUAGAAAGCAGAAGCUUGUAUAAACAUAUAUAAAUCUGAAAUCAAAUUACCUUGCUGUUUUGUAUGAGUAUUACAAUUUUCAUAGUCUUGAUCAGUGAUUCCUAACACCGUUUAGCAGAACAUAUGUCAUUUUGCUAUAUGUUGAUCUAGAUGUUAAACUGUUGUUAUUGUUUUUGCAUUAGAACUGAUCUUUUAUCUGCCUGGUAUUUUCCACUUUGUCAAGACAGAGUGUUAUGGCUGACAGACCAAUAUGAAAAUCAUCUUUAAAAUGCACUGGUCUGAUUAAUUAAGGAAAAGAAAAAUCAGAUUGAAGAUUCACAAAAAGAUGAUUUUUAAGAUGGGGACGGGGAAUUAAAUGGAUAUUUAAUUCGACUUUCGACCUUGUGGAACUUUGAUAUACUAUCUAAAGAUAUCUUAAGUAGCAAGAUUAUAACUCACAAUAUGCAUAAGGUAAACUGUAAAAUCUAUGAUCUCUUUGAUGAAUUUUAAAUGAAAUUUUUAUUUUUGUUUUGUAUCUGAAUAUAAUUUUGUAAACAAGUUUGAUGCAUUUUCUAUGUACUUGAGUUAAUAAUAUUGAUCUGUGGAAAAUGCAAGAACCUAUAUUACAUGCUGCAAAUUAUGUCCAUAAAAUGAAUUUUUUCCCUUCUUUUAUGUUGUUAAUUUCAUUACCUCCAUGCAGCAAAUAAUAUCAGUUAAUGUAAUAUGGAUUUACUUUAUAAAUCCUUCUUUUAAUAUCUGCAUUUGGAAUAAUCAAUAAGUAAAAGAUCUAGGCAUGGGCUCUAAUCUCCUAUUGUAUCCAAUCUCUUCACAAGAGUUUUGUAUGUGAAAUUCUCAGCAUUUGAAUUAAAAUGGUUAUUUAGGUUAACAAAGCAACAGAAGGGGAUUUGGGGGGUGGUAGAUUCUAGAGCAGACUUUUUUAAAAUUUCAAUUUAAAUGUGUAAUAAUUCAUCCUAAACACAAGUACUCAUGAUUGCAGAUGAUUUUGGCCUUCUGCGAAAUUAGUUAUGUUCAGUGCUUAUGUUUAUUGAUGUUCUCAGAAAUACUGGUCAUUUUCAGAUGUAUUUUAUAUGAAAGGGUUUAAUGGUAGUGGAAGGAGUGGAUGCAAACAUCUCUCACUGUACAAUUGGUUGAAGCCUCUUCUCUGACUAGUUUUCGUGUCCUGGUCAUUUUAUCAGCCUAUUCAAUGCUUACAUGUAACUUUGUAUGUUUUUCACAGUGUUAACAUGCUAAUGAAAACAUUGCUUUGUAAAUAAACUUAAAAAAAAAAAAAAAAAAAAAAAAAUUUAAACUUAUCACAAUUAAAUUUUAGGAAUGCUAAUGAUUUGCAAUAAACAUAAAGUAACUCAUAAUAAAUGCCUUUAACCCUCUAAGCAUUACAGGUUUGGUCCUGAAAUUUUAAAAGUUUCCCACGAUAGCAUGAAUAAGUGGUAUUUUUCUUGAUUAGAAUUCCAUACUGACCUUCUUGUUUUGUAUCCUGACUCCGUCUGUUCCAAUAUGUAUCCAAUCCAAAAUCUGAUUGAUUAAAAUCUAAUGGUAGUUUUCAUGUGUAACAAAUGGGAAAGCCAUCCUUUAGUAUGAUAUUUUACUUCAGUAAUCCUUGAAGGUUAAAUAGCAGUGAUAUGCAUGGGGAUGUAAUUUCAAAGCAGUUAGUUCUUCCGCUUCUUAAAUAUGGUUGGAUAAUUUAAAUGAAAGCGGUAAAAUCAAAACUGUAUCCAUAUAUAACAGUAAUAUAUAAUAUAAAUUAUACAGUGUAACAAAAAUAACUAUUCUUAAAUUAUUUUCUAUUCUUAAUUUGGGAAAAGCACAAUAAAUUAUUCUGUGAGUACUGAUGGACAGUACUGAUUUGUAAUUGAAUAUGAGAAUAUCGUCAGAAAUUCAAAAAAUUAAAUUCUAUGAAAGCAGUAAAUUUCAGAUGUACAUAGGCUCUUAUUCUUUUACACUUAUAGUCUCUUAUUUAUUUUCUUUCCUAUUCUUUAUUCAUCAUAAUAUCUCAUCCACAUUAUUGUUCUCAAAACAUAUUUAAUACUUAUUUUAUGAUGAUCAUCAACUAGUGCUUAACAUAUAGCUUAAAAAUAAUAUAUUUUAACUUUUGGAACAUACUGUUCAAAUAAUCAUAAUUCAACCGUGGUAUAGGAUAUUAUUUUAUGUAUGAUUAUUCAUUGAAAAGUUAAGAAAUGACAUUUAAAUAACGUCACAUUAAUUAUAUUCAGCAUUAUCUUAACUCCAGUAUAAAAUAUAGACAUUCUCAAUACAAAAAUGUUUGUGCUUAGGGAAUUCUAACAUGAAAGAAAGCAGAAGUAAUGAGAUUGGAAAGGAAAGUAUAAAUUAUUUUAUGUUUAAAAUCAGCAUGUUUGUGUUAGCGUAAAUCCUUAUUUUUGAUACAUAGUUCUUUCUGAACUUCCAAUAGCAGCACAACAAACAAUUGUAUCUUUUUAAAUUAAAAAAAAAAAAAAAAAAAAAA